GAGUAAACACAGAAACUGCUUUGGGAGGCAGGCCGAAUGACGACUGCCCCAGGAGGCUUCCAGAGAGGUUGGACAGAGGCCCAGGGGUGUGCUUAAGAGCUCGUGGGUGGAGCUGGAUUCCCUCAGAGUUCCACAGUCCUAACUGUGUACAGACAGGAUGUAAGAAAAGAACUAGAGGCUCCGAGCAGAGGAUCCAUCGGCUGCAGUUCUGUAAUUAAUUAACUAACGUGGAUCAAAUGAGAAGGUGAAAGUUCACACAGGAGCACUCCUGUCGUCUUGGACUGGGUCUCCAUCCCACCAUCCAGUGCCCUGGUCUACGAAGAGUCCACAGGGACCUUGUGAAGAAUCAACAAGGCGGGGUCCAGAGGAGUCACGUGUGCCUUCCACUCCGGGUCGCCCUGUCAGGAUGGGGAUGUCCCAGCCCGGGGUCCUCCUCAGCCUCUUAUUGGUCCUCCUGCCUCAGACCUGGGGAGCGGAGCCCCGUCUCCCACUGAUGUAUCAUCUUGCAGCUGUGUCUGACUUAUCAACGGGGCUUCCCUCUUUCUGGGCCACGGGCUGGCUGGGUGCUCAGCAAUAUCUGACCUACAACAACCUGCGGCAGGAGGCUGACCCCUGUGGGGCCUGGAUAUGGGAAAACCAGGUGUCUUGGUAUUGGGAGAAGGAGACCACGGAUCUGAAAAGCAAAGAACAGCUCUUCUUGGAGGCCAUCAGGACCCUGGAGAACCAAAUAAAUGGGACCUUCACACUGCAGGGCCUGCUGGGCUGUGAACUGGCCCCUGAUAAUUCUUCAUUGCCCACGGCUGUGUUUGCCCUCAAUGGUGAGGAGUUCAUGCGGUUCAACCCAAGAACGGGCAACUGGAGUGGGGAGUGGCCGGAGACAGAUAUCGUUGGUAAUCUGUGGAUGAAGCAACCUGAGGCGGCCAGGAAGGAGAGCGAGUUCCUGCUAACUUCUUGUCCUGAGCGGCUGCUAGGCCACCUGGAGAGGGGCCGUCAGAACCUGGAGUGGAAGGAGCCGCCAUCUAUGCGCCUGAAGGCCCGUCCUGGCAACUCUGGCUCCUCAGUACUGACCUGUGCUGCUUUCUCCUUCUACCCGCCGGAGCUCAAGUUUCGAUUCCUGCGCAAUGGGCUAGCCUCAGGCUCUGGGAAUUGCAGCACUGGUCCCAAUGGUGAUGGAUCUUUCCAUGCAUGGUCAUUGCUAGAGGUCAAACGUGGAGAUGAACACCAUUACCAAUGUCAAGUGGAGCAUGAGGGGCUGGCCCAGCCUCUCACUGUGGACCUAGAUUCGCCCGCCAGAUCUUCUGUGCCUGUGGUCGGAAUCAUUCUUGGUUUAUUGCUGGUGGUAGUGGCCAUCGCAGGGGGUGUGCUGCUAUGGAACAGGAUGCGAAGUGGGCUGCCAGCCCCAUGGCUUUCUCUCAGUGGUGAUGACUCUGGCGACCUAUUGCCUGGUGGGAACUUGCCCCCGGAGGCUGAACCUCAAGGUGUAAAUGCCUUUCCGGCCACUUCCUGAUGCCAACCCAGGCCCCAUACCCAUUGCAGCCUGUGGGGCUGUGUGACCUCCUGAACUGUCUCUGAGCCUCCCGAGGGAGCCCUGGGCUGGAUGUCCUCCUCGUGGAUCCCUUCUUUUGUGGCCUGCUUCAGUUUCCCCUCUUAAUGUCAAUGGCUAUUUCCAUCUCCACAUAAAUUUGGGCCCAAAUCUGUGUGUGCAUCGUUAUUCUCAGGUUUCAGGCAGCCGGAAUAAAUUGAACAAGUUUGAGAAAGA